AAAACUAAGGUUAUUGUAGUGGCAAUGACCAUCGUUAUGAUCCUAGUGACAUUGCUAAAUUAUUCACAUGUCAUACCAGCAGUGAUAUGCCAUAUAGCACCGCCAAAGGAUCUGUGCCCUGCAAAGAGUGGUCACAUACCGGACAUAGAGGUUAUAGAUAAACUCAGUUUGGAGGCGCUGCGCAUCAGCUAUCGAGAUUAUGGCAGCAACCACGAAAUCCUCUGCAACGUAAUGCUUCGCAUGGGGAAUUUAGGUGACGGAGGCUGGGAGGUGUGUGAUGACGAGCCUGUCAGGCCCAAACCCGACUGUCUGGUCUACUCCUUCGGGAUAAACAACGAUUUUAGUUUUGAUGACAUGAUAGCUGAACAUUAUGGAUGCGAGGUACACGCAUUUGAUCCAAGCAUGAAGAUGGGAGAUAUGCGGCGGAGUGAGAGGGUCUCUUUCCAUCAUUUAGGUGUAUACGGAUCUAACAGCGUCAUCAAUAAUGGCUGGCCAGUGAAGACGAUAGCCGAAAUAAGACGGAUGUUGGGACAUACCAAUAGGCGUAUUGAUGUUAUGAAGAUGGACGUGGAAGACAGUGAGUGGCCUAGCCUGGAUACAGCCCUUAGGGAUGGCUCCCUGAAUAAUGUGACGCAAUUGUUACUUGAAACCCAUAACUUUGACGAUAAUAAGUAUAACCUUAUCAAAAAACUAAAAAUUUUACACCGGUUACGAGAUCGAGGUUUUAGGAUCUUUUAUGCCCACAAAAACCCUCUGACCACGAAACCUGUAAGUAAAAACAGAGAGACCCCACUCUGGGUGUGUUGUUACGAACUUCAGAUGAUUUAUCUGCCCGCAUGUAAUGUCGUGUAAGUCAGGGAUGUGUGCUUUUGCAAUAGGUAUCUGUUCCUUCUUACGGUGAAACAGCGGAGCAAUUUCAGAGAAAAAUAUCAUACAUCAAUAGAAAUAUCAUAUUAUCGUCUUUAAAAUGGUUUGAACCCGAAUAAUUUCCACUAACCUCAAAAAUUCUUUUAGUCCGCCCCGAAAAUUAUUUCAACAAAUAAAUAUAUAGCUCCGAAAAUAAUUAUAUGGCAUCUCGCGAUGUAAACAAUAUGUGGGUCACAGGUACAUAGUUUGGCACACAUUAAAAGUGUAGGUACAUAAAGUUGAUGUAUACAAGGUAUCCAUUAUUAUUCCUGUGUACAUUUGUUACAGUUGAUUUUGUGCCUGUAGUGCACAUCUUAUGUAUUUGUAUUGCCACAAUUGCCUUUGAAGAACACAUCGAAGAAAAAACAUAAAACCAGAAAAAAUAUUGUCAGCAGGCCAAACUACAUCUAACUGAAUUCUUGUUAUUUCAAAAUGAACAUGAACCGUAUGAUAACAAUAAACUUUCCAACUUGUAGAUUUGCAGCUUAGUAAUACUUAAAAUUACUACAUUCCCUAAAGCGAUACCUGGGCCCAUAUUUCUUCUUACGACUUAAGUAAAAAAUUCAAACACAGCUACAAUUAAAAUGUUUUUGCUCUAGGAUUUAAUGAAUUGAUAUAAUAGUGGCCUAAUGACCAUCUUUUCUCAGAAUUCAGUUCCCUUUCCAUUGUCUUUGCAUCU